AUGGAGGAUGACCGAGAGAAAUCCAACUUAGGCCCUUCAGUACCCGAGGAACUGAACGAAGAUAUACCCGUUCAAGCGAAGCAGCCAAAGAAACGCUUCGUGGGCCGGCGAGCUGCACAGAAGUUGGAGGAACAGAAUGCGCCAAACAGUAAUAUCGAAGACAGCAAAGCCAUACAAGUCUCCAGACCUCGAAGAUUCGCGCGAACCCUGAACAACAUCCCUCCCGACAUCCUCCAAGACACCGAUAUCAACGACGCAAUCGCCCUCCUUCCUAUCAACUACAACUUCGAGAUCCACAAGACCAUCCACCGCAUACGAAGCAAUGGCUCCAAGAAAAUCGCUCUCCAGUUCCCCGAAGGCCUCCUCCUCUUCGCAACCACAAUUUCCGACAUCCUCACGCGCUUUUGCCCCGACAUCUCCACCCUCAUCAUGGGCGACGUGACCUACGGCGCCUGCUGCAUCGACGACUUCACCGCUCGCGCCCUUGGCUGCGACCUGCUCGUGCACUAUGCCCAUAGCUGCCUGAUCCCAGUCGCCGUCACAAAGAUCACCACCCUCUACGUCUUCGUCUCCAUCUCCAUCGACACCCAACACCUCCUCGCCACCAUCGCGCGCAACUUCACCCCGGGCAAGACCCUCGCCCUCGUCGGCACAAUCCAAUUCAACACCACCAUCCACGCCAUCGCGCCCCAAUUGCGCCGCGACGGCUUCAACAUCCUCAUCCCCCAAAUCACCCCGCUCUCCAAGGGCGAGAUCCUAGGCUGCACAUCGCCCAGCAUGCCCGUCUCCACGUCCAUCUCCACCUCAGACGCAAACACCCCCGAUAUCCUCCUAUACAUCGGCGACGGCCGCUUCCACCUCGAAUCCGCCAUGAUCGCCAACCCCUCGCUGCCAUCCUACCGCUACGACCCUUACUCGCGGCGUCUCACCCGCGAAGAAUACGCACACGACGAACUAUACUCACUACGCAGCACCGCCAUCCACACCGCCUCAUCCGCCCAGAAAUGGGGCAUCAUCCUCGGUGCCCUAGGCCGACAAGGCAACCCGCACACCCUCGAGCUCAUCGAGACCCACCUACGCGCCCGCGGCAUACCGUGGGUCAACAUCCUGCUUUCUGAAAUCUUUCCGGGGAAAUUGGCGCUGAUGCCGGAUGUCACUGCGUGGGUCCAGAUUGCGUGUCCGCGGCUGAGCAUCGACUGGGGAUAUGCGUUUCCGCGGCCUUUGCUGAGUCCGUACGAGGCGCUAGUCGCGCUGGGAGUGAGGGAGGCGCCGUGGAAGGAGAAUUUGGAUCAGGGCAGGCCGAGGAAUGACGAUGCAGCGUACCCGAUGGACUUCUAUGCGCGCGAGGGCCUGGGCAGGACGACUAGGGAAACUGUAAUGUCUGCCGCGGCGGCGGGAUAA